ACCCGACGUGUCCUGUGCGCGCGCCCCCGGGUUGCGGGAGAGGUAAAGAUGGUGGCCAGCGUCCGUGUCCAGAAGCUCCUGCGACGAUAUAAACUAGCCAUUGCCGCAGCGUUGACCAUCCUUCUGAUUCAGGGACUGGUGGUAUGGAGCCUGCGCAGUCUGGAGGAAGGGGAGACGGAGAAAAAAACAAGGCGCUCCAAGCUGCCUGACCACAACAGCCCGGACAUCAAGAAAGACGCCGCGCAUGUGGAGAAACAAGUCUCUUUGUCAGGCAGAAACCAAGAGAGAUGGAGUUCCAAGUUAGAAAGGACUGGGGGGACAGCAGCCAGUGCCCUUAGGCGAGGGACCAGUCGCAGGGUAGGGAAGCCCAGCAUCAGGUUCAAAGCUCCUCAAGAGGCAGGGAUGAUGGGAGCAGGACUAGAGGGUGUGGUCCCUCAUGACCCAUCCAGCAGUCGGAACUUCAGCGACGCUAAAAGUGGGCCAGGCGGUGCCGCUCAGGUGCCAGUUGUUGCUUUACCAGGGGAGCCGGGCAGUGUGGAUGGUGCACAUCAGGCCUCGAGCAGCGACUUUGAACCAAAGUGUGACAUCAUGGGCAAAGAUGCUCUCUCUGCACUGCAUCGCGCUGGCUCGCAACAGUGCCGGCAGGAGAUCGCCAACAUCGUGUGCCUGCAUCAGGCCGGGCGGCUCAUGCCAGACGCCCUCCCACAGUUCUGCCCCCAGAUUGGUGUCCUGAAUCCGGUCCAGGCUGCGGCAGAGAUGGACAUCAGUGUCUCCACGGUGGACAACCCUGUCAGGGUGGCGUUUGUGUUGAUGGUACAUGGUCGGGCCGUCCGGCAGCUCAAACGUCUCAUCAAAGCCAUUUACCACCGGGACCACUACUACUACAUCCACGUGGACAAGCGGUCCGGUUACAUGCACCGAGAGGUCCUGCAGAUAACCCAACAGUACCCCAAUGUCCGUGCCACGCCAUGGCGGAUGGUGACCAUCUGGGGUGGUGCCAGUCUCCUGAAAGCUUACCUGCACAGCAUGCAGGACCUGCUGUCCAUGCUGGACUGGAAGUGGGACUUCUUCAUCAAUCUCAGUGCCACAGACUUCCCCACCAGAACAAAUGACGAGCUGGUUGCGUUUUUGUCGCAGAACAGAGACAAGAACUUCCUGAAGUCCCACGGUCGAGAGAAUGCACGCUUCAUCAAGAAGCAGGGCCUGGAUCGGCUCUUCCACGAGUGCGACAACCACAUGUGGCGACUCGGUGAGCGCAGCAUCCCGGGUGGCCUGGAAGUCUCGGGUGGGUCUGAUUGGUUUGCGCUCACCCACCGAUUCGUGGAGUACGUGGUCAACUCCCAGGAUGCCCUGGUGUCUGGGCUAAAGCAGUUCUACUCCUACGCUCUGCUCCCCGCCGAGUCCUUCUUCCACACGGUGCUGGGAAACAGUCAUAUGUGCGACAGCCUGGUGGACAACAACCUGCGCGUCACCAACUGGAAUCGGAAACUGGGCUGCAAGUGUCAGUACAAGCACAUUGUGGACUGGUGCGGCUGCUCGCCCAACGACUUCAAACCUCAGGAUCUGAUCCGCAUCCAGCAACUGAGCCGGCCCACGUUCUUUGCUCGCAAAUUUGAGUCCACGGUGAACCAGGAGGCCAUCGACAUCCUGGACACACACCUGUACGGUCAGUACGCCCCAGGCACCGCGGCCAUCAAGGCGUACUGGGAAAACCAGUACGAUGUAUCCGAUGGCGUGAGCUCCCUCAGUGACGUGGCCUUCACCGCGUACACGUCUCUUGUUCGCCUCUGCCUAAAAAGUCAUCUCACCGCGUCAGGCAGCGCAGAUUCCUGCAGGUUUGAGCCGGUGGGCGACCUUCGCUCCGUUCACUUGUACUUCUACGACGACCAUUUUCAAGGUUACUUGUUGCGCCAGCAAAUGCAAGCCAAAGGGUCAAAGGUGAGGGAGACGGUGGAGAUGUGGGCUGUGCCUCAGGCUACUCUUGUUCUGGAGACCAAUCUGAAGGAGUUUGAACGGCUGAAGAACCUAGAGAUCAGCACCGAGUGGGACCCCAAAGAACGAAUUUUUCGGAAUUUCGGCGGCAUCAUCGGCCCUCUGGACGAGCCGCUGGCUGUGCAGAAGUGGGCUCGUGGGCCAAACCUCACCUUCACUGUGGUGUGGAUCGACCCGGCCUUUGUGGUGGCAGCUUCCUAUGACAUCACUCUGGACUUGGAUACUGAAUACACUCAAUACAAACCCCCUCUGCAGCGCCCCCUGCGGCCCGGCACUUGGACGGUGCGAGUCUUGAAACAGUGGCGUCGAGUGGCAGAAGUUCACUUCCUAGUUGUCCCACUGACCGUCAGAAACAAGGAGCCGCUCCGUUCAGACGAGGACAGCUGGCUGCACUCCGGGCCGCCAGGGAACCUCUACCUUGACCAGAGUCUUCAGCAGCUGAGCUCGGUGCUGAAUCUUCCACCACAAGAAGGUGCCAUGCAAGAGGCCCAGCGCCAAGCCCGGCUGGUGGGCCCGGCCCUUGACGCCUGGGUGGACCGAAGCAUGGGGGCCUUCUGGGCCAUCGGGGAGGUUUGUGUGACUCAGACUUCACCCUGCACUGCCUUGCCUCUGUGCUCCAAAACCUCCUGGAGCUCCCUGUCGCCUGACCCCAAGUCUGAACUGGGUCCAGUGAAGAGUGACGGCAGAAUCAGGUAGCCUCCAACUCGGUACUGAAGACAAAAAACCCACAAACCUGAACGCUGGAAUUUUGCACAUUGAUGACCACAAACGGACGGUUUGCCGAAUGGUCUCACAGAUCCAGAGGUGUCAUGUUUGUAUGGAGGCCCGCCAGUCGGGGUCGCACACACCCGGUCCGCUGGUGUGGACUCUUUGUUCGUCUUCAUUUCAAGGGAGAAUCGUGUUAUUGUGCUUAUUUUGAAGCAUUGUUGCGUGAGCAUGAGGCAGAAGUGCACUUUACUGUAGGAGGACCUAAAGGCAGAGGUCCGAAGGGACGCGGGCGUUUGGGAGGUCUCGCGUCUUUCAUUUCACGUACAUGCGAGACGAAGAACCAGCACAGACAUCAGUCCAGUGUUUUUAUAACUGUCUAUUUGUUUACUUAGCCGCAGCAGUCAGUCUGCGUUUUUAGCGUGAGGACAUUCACUUGAGACUCAAAAUCCCACAUUUUCAUGAAGGUCCAUCAUUACAGCUUUAAACUAGUCUUUUUAAAAUGGAAAUUGUUCUUUUUUUUUAAUUGUGAUUUUGGAGCUCAAGUGACUGCACUCGCUUCUGUAGCUGCUAAAUGUGUUCAAUUCAACCAUGAACAAUCAGCCUAGCGAGCUGCUGUGUUGAAGGAAGUGCCUAGUCAUGUGAUCGGACGUUACAGAACAGUCGAGACCAAGUUUGCAGCUACACAAACCUUUCACUGAAGUCGAUGUCAGCUCAGUGUUUACAUCAUCACCCUUUUGUUUCCUCACAUUUCUUCAUUGCACCUCAUCCUUGUUGAAAUUCCUGUCACCAGUGGAGUGUAGUUUUACCUCCACUCACAUAGGAGUUGUUUCUGGGGUUCACUCAUGCGCUGACCAAUGGCCGUUCUACUUUCAGUACAAUGUUAGAAACGACACCAUUUCAGUUCAGCAAGCAUUUGUGUUCUCAGUGCGCCGAUGUGAGUUUGGUAAAAGCCUGGAGACACGCAUCGAUUACCUCAUAAACCUUCCUGUUCUGUUCACAGUGAUGUCAUGGUGCAUUCAGGUGCGUGGGAAAGCUUGACAUCUGCAUUCUCCUCCCUCUCCUCCUUCAUUUUAAUAGAGCACCGAGGCUGUCACUCCAGUCACGCAUUACUUUAGAAGAAGCUCAUUUCAAUCCCACGUCAGCAGUUUGUUACAGGAAGUGUGUUGGCUGCUGACAAGCUCGUGCCGGCCUCGCCGCUGCUCUUCAACUUCGGUGUCAGACAAGGAGCAUGUCUUUGUGGCGAGCUCCACCAUUCUCACUCGCUCAGCCGUCCGCCCACCUGCUGUCCUGAAGGAAGACAAGUUGAUCGGGACAAGAGGAAGUGGCCCCCGGCUUGAUUGAUUAAAGCCUGACUGUUACAACAGCACCUGAACGCACCAUCCAGACUUCUAAUCUGUAAAGAGGUUGUCCUUCAUCUCUUGUCCAGUUCCAGCUUCAGCUUGGGUUCGUGGUCCAUUGGUUCCAUGAUUGGUCCCUGUGGGAUCAUUCCACUGGGCUGCUCCAAGAUCAGUGCCGCACGCCAAUUUUAAAUAUGGUUGCACACCAUUAUGACCACUGAUGGCUGAGAGAGCCGCGGUUGUCAUGGCACCUGUCAGUGGGAUCUUUCCAGCAACAAGCUUCUGUGCUGAUGCGGGAGAAGGGUUCGGAGGGUGACAGACUGUGCCUAAUUGGGAUGCGUCUUGGCUUCUCCACCUACAUGUCGAGAGAGACCGCACUCCAGAGCUGACACGAGCAGACACCCGUCUGAGAACUGGCUCGUAAUGAACGGAUGUCCCUGGAAUCACUGAGUAAUGAUGUGCCAGUUUGUUUAGUGACUCUCCAGACGUCAUCGUGUUUGUGACGGCUGAGAAAUGUGGCUCCACCUCCUGGCAAGAUAUGAACUGCGAAAUGUGCAAUGACCAACCGUUGGUCCGUUUCUAAGUGGCCUUGAGAGGGAGGAGGUGCUUGCUGCCUCUGCGGCUCUCCUGGAGACCCCGUGUUUUUUUGAGAGGAGUUGUGCGGCAGUGAGUCAUCCCCUGGUGAUUUAAACAAGUGUAGCCCCAACAUUUCAUGGCAGGCGUUGUGACUCAAUAAAGAGAAAGUGAACUGUUGAA